UUCUUUGCUUCCGACCUCGAAACUACUUUUUUUCGUAGCUCUAAUUUUCAUUUCUGCUGGAAGCUCUUAAUCGCCUGUCACAUUUGUCAUUUUUCAAACAUCCCCUUUGUGCGAAUCUGUGACCUGUUACAGCAAAUUGUGAAUACACGGCCGCCAUAAUCAAACAAAUUUAUAGGGAUAAGCAAAAAAUUGACAUUCUGCAAUUGUUUAGGAAGUGAAUAUUUCAACAACUGUCAUCAAUGAGUGCUAAAUUAGACGUAAACAGACGUGUUUUGGCAAUACAAGCUAAAAAGAAGCGACACAAGCUUGGUAAAAAAAAGGGCAAAAACGAAAUGAACGGCCACGGUGAAAAUCGUUCAAAAACUGAACCGUCCCAUAGCUCUAGUAAUGAAACAAUCGAAGACCCAGAUGACCAGUAUACUAGCGAAGAGGAGGAACAAGAAGACAGUACAGAUUAUAGAAAAGGUGGUUACCAUCCCGUGAAAAUUGGCGACCUCUUUUUAGGACGGUAUCAUGUAACAAGAAAAUUAGGAUGGGGGCAUUUUUCCACAGUUUGGUUGUGUUGGGAUCUUGAAGACCGAAGAUUUGUUGCGCUGAAAAUAGUGAAGUCUGCUGAACACUUCACCGAAACUGCUCUAGAUGAAAUAAAAAUCUUGAAAUCUGUAAGAGAGUCGGAUCCAAAUGAUCCAAAAAGAAAUAAGACAGUCCAGUUGUUGAAUGAUUUCAAGAUCAGUGGUGUAAAUGGAGUACAUGUUUGUAUGGUAUUUGAAGUAUUAGGGCAUCACUUACUGAAGUUGAUAAUCAGAUCUAACUAUCGUGGCAUUCCACUGAAUAAUGUACGUACCAUCAUAAGGCAAGUUUUAGAAGGACUCGAUUAUCUACAUGCAAAAUGCAAUAUUAUUCAUACAGAUAUUAAACCUGAAAAUGUUCUUGUUUGUGUUAGCGAAGAAUAUAUAAGAAGACUUGCUUGUGAGGCAGCAGAGAUGCAUCAAUUAGGUCUUAAAUUACCAACAUCAUUAAUCAGUACUGCACCUAUUCAGGAAGCUCAACCAACAAAAAUGAGUAAAAAUAAGAAGAAGAAGUUGAAGAAGAAAGCAAAGCGCCAAAAUGAGUUACUGAAACGUCAAAUGGAACAAAUAAUUGAAAUUGAAGAACAGAAAAAAGUACAGUCUCCUGAAAAUACGAAUCAAAAUCCUGACUCGAAUGAUUGUAAUUGUAUACCCUCUAGCCCUGAUACAACUCCUGAAGAUUCAAAUAAUAAAGUAAUCAAUUGUAAUGACAAUGAUUUAGAGAAUAAUGAUAAUGAAGCCACUCUAACCAUCUCCCAGGAAACAGUUGGAAUGGAUCAUACCAUUCAAAUGUCUGAAGAUGACUCUCCAUCUAUUACCUCUAAGAGUGAAAGCAAAGUAGAAUUAGAUCCUGCAUUUGUGGAAUGUGAAGUUGAUGUAAAAAUCGCUGAUUUAGGUAACGCUUGUUGGGUAGAUAAGCAUUUUACAGAAGAUAUUCAAACUCGACAGUAUCGCUCAUUAGAGGUGUUACUGGGUGCGGGUUAUGGAACAUCUGCGGAUAUUUGGAGUACUGCAUGUAUGGCGUUUGAGUUAGCUACAGGUGACUAUCUUUUUGAACCUCAUUCUGGAGACGAUUAUACUAGAGAUGAAGAUCAUUUAGCUCAUAUUAUUGAAUUAUUGGGAGAAAUACCAAAAAAAAUAUCCCAGAGUGGCAAAAAUUCGAAGAUGUUUUUCACAAGGAAGAAUGAACUAAGGCAUAUCACUGGCCUGAAACCUUGGUGUUUGGAAGAUGUUCUUACAGAAAAAUAUGAGUGGUCUCCUAAAGAAGCUGAGGAAUUCACCUCAUUUUUGAAGCCAAUGCUUGAUUUUGAUCCUGACAAAAGAGCAACUGCUGCAGAAUGCUUGCAACAUCCUUGGUUAGCAAAAUAAACUAUUAUCUCUUUAGGUGACUGAUACAAUUUAAAUUGCUUGUGUUGCUGAAUAGUGACAUUGUUUGUCCUGAAACCCCAUGAAAUCGCUCUCACACCCAAGAUUCUUUGAAUAAAUUAUUUUUUAAGUUGAUCUCUUCAGGGAGUUGUUUUGGUUUUCAUUUUUAUAGUGUAUGUCAUUAGACAAAAAAGUUGACCGUUUUAUUCAUUUCGUAGAAAUACAUUUUUUAGAUCUGAAAAAGUAGCUGAGUAUGAAUUGAAGUUAAUUUCAUGUACCUUUAAACCCUGUUCAUCUAUACUUUGUUCAAAUUUUCGUAUAUUUGAUGAAGAAACAAACCAGUAAUACUUAGUUUCUUCAUAGAUAAUUUAUGCUUUACAAUUCAACUAUAGGAAGUCUGAAAAUGUAACACAUGUAUAUGAGAAAAAAAAACAGUGAUUGGACACAUCAAGAACAUGAAGUUUGUCCAAUACCCACAGUUUCAAUAUGAUAAUUUUAGCACAGGGUGAACAAUAAUUAUUUGUAUUCAUAUUGUUGAAUAUAGCUGUGGAACAAAAUAUGUGUUACAUGUAAACUCCAUUUUCUUGUUGAUGUUAGAACUGAAAGGAAAUGGGGAUACUACUUACCCAUUCAUGUAAAUAAACAAAAAAAAUUAACUAGAAGAAGUUAGUGUGUGAUAGUUGAAGCACCAAUAUUUCUAUAUUAUCAAAUUCAUGUGAAGACAGAAGUGAUUAAUAAUAACAAAAUUGCUACUC